CGGCGGCGAUAGCGGCGAGAGCACGGAGCCCAUUCAUGAUCCAGCGAACGGGGCCGGUGGCAAGUAAAGCGGAACCGGUGCCCUGUAAAGCGGCGCCGGUACCGCCGUCAUGGAGACAUCGGGGCAUCUCCACGAUUCGGGCGUGGGGGACUUGGAGGAGGAUGGUCGAUGUCCCUGCCCGUUACCGGGGGAUGAACGGUCACCGCCGCCGCCCUCCGCGCUGCCGCCGCUCCAGCACAGCCUGUUGCACUCCUCGCCCGGGUCGUUACGGGCCCCUCCUCCUCCUCCCGCCGCCCCCGCCGCCCUCCACCCUUCCUCCCGCCACGGCAGCCAGCUCAACCUCGGCGACCACCCAGCGGGCUCUGGGGUGGCGAGCAGCAAACACCGGCAGCCCAGCCCUCUGGUUCACCGGCGGGACAGCAACCCCUUCACCGAGAUUGCCAUGAGCUCCUGCAAGUACAGCGGGGGGGUGAUGAAGCCCCUCAGCCGACUCAGCGCAUCCCGACGGAACCUCAUCGAGGCCGAGCCGGAGGCACAACCCCUGCAGCUCUUUGGUGCCGGUGAACCCCCUGAAAUUGUUGUCUCACGCGAGGACAACCACGCGCCCACCACCCACCGUCCCACCCGCCCGGCCGCCCGCCCGGCACCCACCACCUUUGCCAAGGGGCCCAAGCGCAAGGCACAGAACAUUGGCUACCGCCUUGGGCACCGCCGAGCACUGUUCGAGAAGAGGAAGCGCCUCAGUGACUACGCGCUCAUCUUCGGCAUGUUUGGCAUUGUCGUCAUGGUCAUUGAGACUGAGCUCUCCUGGGGGCUCUACUCCAAGGACUCCAUGUUCUCCCUGGCCCUGAAAUGCCUUAUAAGCCUCUCCACCGUCAUCCUGCUGGGCCUCAUCAUCGCCUACCACACCCGGGAGGUGCAGCUCUUUGUGAUCGACAAUGGAGCUGACGACUGGCGGAUAGCGAUGACGUACGAGCGCAUCCUCUACAUCAGCCUAGAGAUGCUGGUUUGUGCCAUACACCCCAUCCCUGGGGAGUACAAAUUUUUCUGGACAGCUCGCCUGGCUUUCUCCUACACACCAUCUCGGGCAGAGGCUGACGUGGACAUCAUCCUGUCUAUCCCCAUGUUCCUGCGCCUCUACCUGAUUGCUCGGGUGAUGCUGCUGCACAGCAAGCUCUUCACCGACGCCUCCUCGCGCAGCAUCGGGGCACUCAACAAGAUCAACUUCAACACCCGCUUCGUCAUGAAGACACUCAUGACCAUCUGCCCUGGGACAGUGCUGUUGGUCUUCAGCAUUUCCCUCUGGAUCAUCGCUGCAUGGACAGUCCGCGUGUGUGAGAGGUACCAUGACCAGCAGGAUGUAACCAGCAACUUCCUGGGUGCUAUGUGGCUCAUCUCCAUCACCUUCCUCUCCAUUGGCUAUGGGGACAUGGUCCCACACACCUACUGUGGGAAGGGAGUCUGCCUGCUCACCGGCAUCAUGGGUGCUGGAUGUACAGCACUGGUGGUGGCUGUGGUGGCCAGGAAGCUGGAGCUCACCAAAGCUGAGAAGCACGUCCACAACUUCAUGAUGGACACGCAGCUGACGAAGCGGAUCAAGAACGCGGCAGCCAACGUCCUGCGGGAAACGUGGCUGAUCUACAAGCACACCAAGCUGCUGAAGAAGAUCGACCAUGCUAAAGUCAGAAAACACCAGAGGAAGUUCCUACAAGCCAUCCACCAGUUACGGAGCGUGAAGAUGGAGCAGAGGAAGCUGAGUGACCAAGCCAACACCCUUGUCGACCUCUCAAAGAUGCAGAACGUGAUGUACGACCUCAUCACAGAGCUAAAUGACCGCAGUGAGGACCUGGAAAAGCAGAUCAGUGGCCUGGAAUCCAAGCUGGAGCAGCUCAGUGCCAGCUUCAACUCCCUGCCCCUGCUGAUGGCUGACAUGCUGCGCCAGCAGCAGCAGCGCCUGCUCACCGCUGUCCUGGAGGCCCGGGGGGUUGGUGUGCCCGUGGGCACCCCCCAGACACCUCUCUCUGAGAGCCCCAUUGGGGUCAGCUCCACCUCCUUUCCCACCCCUUACACAAGCUCAAGCAGCUGCUAAAACACAGCCCCUCAGCCCCGCUGUGGACAGGGGAAGCAUUUCCACACAGAUCAUGAGGUCUCUGUGAACUUUCCUCUGGUCCUUGAACCGCUGCAGGACCCUUCAGCUGGAGCCAGUGGGACCAGCAGUGCCGAGCAAUGCUCGGAGCUUUGCCAACGCCUUGGUAUCGGGAAUUGCAUCCCUCUUCAGGUGCCUCUACACGUGGUGAAGGAAGGGGACAGAAGGUGAUGCCUUGGGCCAGCCUGUGCCAUGGCGUCCGGUGGCAGACGGAAAACCCACGCUCAAUCUCAGGUCUUCACAUUUGAAAACAAAACAAAACAAAACAAAACACCAAGUCAGAAGCACUGAAGCAACGGAGACACCGGAGGGAGAGUUUUUUCUCCCUGGGGCACCCCCCUGGCCCCCUGCCCCUCUCUCAAUUGCCAAACCUCGCCAGGCAGAUGCCAGCGUGGGGAGAUUCGUUAUGCAGGCUCUGGCUGACGCUGCCUAUGCUCUAUUCCAUCUCCUUGCCAGGACCCACAGGACAGCCCUCUCACUGACAGCUGGUUGACAAUGUCUGACUGUAACCUUCCUGUGGAGUUCUCUGGAGCUGUGAGUGUUUUCUACCCAGAGAAGAACAAUGGACACUUCUUCUUUCUGGUCCUUAGUGUCAUAUUCUGCCUGGAGACACAUGCCAGAGCCAGGAAAGCAGUGCCUACAGCGUGCAGGGCCACGCAGGGCUGCCCCCAGCCACUGUGUUGGUGGCCAGUGAUGGGGCUGGCAGGCCAGCUCGGGCACUGAGGGGGUCUCCAGGUGCUCACAUCACUGCCUGCUGGGAGCCUCCCAGCAUUUUGCAAAGCCAGUGGGCUCUUUGCAUCAGUCCCAGAAGUGCUGGAUGAACAUCCCAUCAGCUCCAACUGUCUCCACUUGUGCUGGGAACAUCCAUGUUUGAGCCCAGUUGGCAAUGUCAAGUCCACCAGGAUCAAGCAGGAGCUCACUGGCAAGUGAUGUGGUAGCAGGGGCAGGUGCUUCAUCUGUUUAAAACAAAGUCCAUCGCCUUCAUGCCACUUCUGCUGGGUUUGGUGGAGGGCAGCAGCACUCUCUGGCACUGUCUUGGCAGAGGCACUGCUGCCCAUGCCUGCCAAAGUACAGCACCUCAGACUCCAUUAUACUUUUUUGCUGGUGUUCAGCUUCCUGAGGUACCCUUGGCAUCACCUGGCUGCUUCUGGAACCAGCCACUUUCUGUUUUGCUUUCACCAUUUCUCCCUUUUUCCUCCUCAGUUUUCCCCCAGUAUCAUCUUCUGGCUUUCCUGGAUCCUUGCAUGGAGCCAUGCCAGGCUCUGACUUUGGGGUUGGUGUUUGCUGCUUUCCAUGAAAACUCAGCAGAGAAUAUUUAUAUAUUUUUAAACAGAUGAAGUAACCAUGUAAUUACUCUGCAAUAUUAAUUACGCCUCACCCAGCAGUGUCAGUAAUUGUAAUCAGUCACUGUGUUACUCCAGGUAUACUCAGCCUGUAAUGCUCUCCUUUGUAACUUUUUCCCUUCCAUAAAUAAUGCUGGAUUUGUGCACACGUAGGGUAGAGACCCACCACCCUCCUGCACCACCACCCCUACACACCUCCAAUGCCGAAGAAUUUCCUUGCUGCCAGUGGUGUGAGGUGGUUUCACUCCCUGUGUCCUGCAGCUGGAGUUACAUAGAAAAUAAACAGUAGUUAGUGAGGAGUACUGCCCCCAUGCUGGCCCUAGGAGGAGGAGGAAGAAGGCUGCCAAAUGAGUACUGCAAAAUGAGAUCCUUGCUGCAGAGGUGUUGGUAGCAGGGGACAAAUACAGUCAUCCCCGUUGCCUUCAGGCAGGCACGUGCCCAUUGCUGCUGGUCCUUGGCCAGUGGGAGAUGCCUGGCUUCUGGGAAAGAGCUGCUCUUCCAAGCUCUUGUAAUUAGUAUAAUUGAUACCCCACAGAUGGCUAGGGAUUCGCUGCUGCCUUGGAAGCCCCCCAUGAUCUAUUCUCAGCCCAGCUGCUGCUCCCUGUAUGCCUGUGGGUGCCCCCCUGUCCAUCUUGCCCAGCAGAAGCUCCUGCUGAUCUCUCUCAGGAGGUUCUCAGCAUAGCAAUGGAGAAUAUGUUAGAAAUGCUGAGAAAGAGCCUGAAAUGCAGCAUUUUCCCUAGCCUGCAGGCAGCUGGUGGAGAAAAAUGCUUUUUGGGCUUCAGAUAGGAGCACACUGCCCAUGGAAUGGUGCUGUGCAUGGGAUGAGGUGUGAAGAUGUGUCCUGGGGCAUCAGAGAGCCAGAGAAAGUAUUGAUUCUUAAAGAUCAAUAUUGUCAGCAGGAACCCAGGAACCUCCCUGCCAGCACACGAUCAAGUCUGGGAAAUCCAACCAAGUGGGACAAGAGCAGGUGAUGCCAGCUCCAGGCCCCAAGGCUGGAGGUGGUAGGAACCACAGUGAGAGUAUUGGGAUUGCAGCUGGAGCUAGAGACCCUUGUUCUGGGGCAGAGCAGCUGCUGUUGCAGUGGGAUUUCAACAGGGCUGGGGCAGUGGAUCCCUGUGCACCCCACAACCUUCCUCCCCUGGCCUCAUCUCUGCACAACCUGCAGUGCAACAACCCUUCUGCCUGGGACCUGGCAGCCCAGAGUCUGCACCCUAUGCCCUGCACCUUACACCCUCCAUCCCACACACCCCCACACCGCUAUCCCACCCCUGCACCCCCCAUUCCACACCCCUGAAUGCGCAUUCCAAUCCCCAAAGCCCAUAUCCCACCCCUUCACCCACCCCCCUGCCAGUUCUUCAGCACUGGUACCACUAGCCCUGAUCCAUUGCUCCCAGCACCGGACCCCACCGUGGCCAGCACCGAGACCACCCCCCCCUCCAGCCCUGCUGCCAUGAGUCCAGAGCCCCCCUGAGGCCACAGUGGGGGCAGGCAUGGUGAGGAGCCCCCAGGGCAGGGCAGCCCAGCCCGCCGUGCCCAGCCAGAGCUGCUCCCUGAUGGCAGCUCUUGGUCACCAGCAGCCUUGGCUGGUACAGCCCUGGUAAGCUCCCCAGCCAGUCCAGUCCAGUCCACACACCUGAGAUGAUCACUUUGGGUACCCUAAGGGACAUCAGGAUAAACAGAGAGAAGAGCUGAGAUCAGCAACCAAGGUGGAAGAACAGCACAAGAGGAAAAGCGCAGAGAUGCCGACCUCCUGCAAGCUGGGAAGCAUCUGAUCCUACAGUCCAAUGGGGCCAAUGCACCUCCAGGACCCACCUGACCCAGCCAGUCCCAUUUUUGGCACAGUCUUGGGGGCAUUUUUUGCUCCACAACUCUCCUUCCUGCUCCGCCUGCAAGGAACUAUCCUAGAAAUACCAGAAAAAUUCCACCAUCUCUCUGCAAACUCAUGGAUGUUUCUGUCCAGACUUAAGGAGCUUUGACCUGGGUUUGCAUCUUGCCUCUGUACUGCUCGCUUCUUUUUUAAUUAUAGGGGAAAAGCAUAAUAGUUUAUUUUAACUAUGAAAUAUAUUGCUAUAUUAUGAUGGUUAUGGUAACUUUCAAUUAUGGUUUUGUACCCAACACGGUUGUUAGCAGGCAGCAACACCAGGCUGCUGCCAAAAAUGUCUGUUUCUGAGUACAGCUACUACUGCCAGUGAGGAUGGGGGACAGGGAGAGGUGCAGAAUCCGAGUUAUCCUUUAUCCCCCUUGUACUCAUUUCCAGUACUUGGAAGCUGACCUCUAGCAGGUCUGGAUCUGUCUGUAGCCCAAUGGCACCAGGGCUUUGCUUCUCCCUACAGAAAGGUCAGGCUCCCCUUUUUUCCCAGGUUCUGGAAAGCCAUUUCCCCCAGGCUGUCUCCUCCAGCAGAAGGAGGGACUCUGCUCCCUGGGCACAAGCUCUGCAAGAGUCAAAGUUCCCUUUUUCCUCCAGGACAGAGGCUCUUGAGAAAGCAGUGCUUCAGAGCACAUUUUCAUAGAAUUAUGGAAUUGUUAAGGUUGGAAAAGUCCUCUAAGAACAUCAAGCCUAACUGUUAACCCACCACCACCACCAAGCCCACCACUAACCCACGUGCCCAAGUGCCACAUACACAAAUCUUCUAAAUUCCUUCAGGGAUGGGGACUCCACUACUGCCCUGGGCAGCCUGUACCAGAGCCUGACCACAGUUACACACAAGAAAUUUUCCCAAUAUCCAACCUAAAUAUCCCCUGGCACAACUUGCAGGCAUUUUCUCUUGUCCUUUCACUUGUUACUUGGGAGAAGAGACUGGGACAUGUCCAGUUCACAUUUCACACCCUGCCCUGGGGAGCUGCAGCUUUUGCUCAACCUCAGGAUAUGAUGGCAUAGGAGGACAAAACCCUGAGCAUGAAAGAGAAAUGAGAAAAGGUUGCAGGGACUGUUUUGUCUCAGCCUUCCAGCUGGGAACAAGCUGCCCAGAGUUGUGUCUGCCCCAUAUCUGGAAGUGUUCAAGCCCAGGUUAGAUGGGGCUUGGAGCAACCUGGUCUAGUGGAAGGUGUCUCAGCACAUGGCACGGGGAAUGAGAUGAGCUUUAAGUCCCUUCCAAUCCAAACUAUUCUGUGAUUCCAUGAUCCCAUGGACUCCUUGAGCCUCAGAGAGCAUCACUUCCUUACCUCUAGCCCCUGAGCUGCUGGACCUGAUCCCUACUGGAUCAUAAGUCUUAAACUGCUCUUUGGCAGCCACACUUUGUCCUGGCCAGUCUUCACAGAGCAUGACAUGUCUGGGAAUGAGCAGCACCUAUGGAACCAAUUCCUGCUGCUUUUGUCCAGAGAAAGUCUAUAAGUCCCUGCAUUGGCCCUUCUUGAUCAGAGCUGCAGUCACUGCCAUGCUGUCACUGUAGAGCUGUGCUGGUCUCACCCUUCCAGGCCAGUCCAACCCAGCAAAUCCCAACAGCAAUGAGCUGCUAUGAGAUCUGGAUGCUCCUUGCUGGACUCCAGACCUGAAAUCUCCCUGCAGAAACCAGCUCUGAUAGAGGAAAGAGGCUGGUUCUUCUGAGAGGCCAGGGCUGAGCCUCUGCUGCUGCCAGCUAGGUCUGGGGCUGCCAGAGGAUUCCUGGUCCUCUGCACCACUCUGCCUUGGGCUUCUCCUGCCCAGCAUCUCCCAGGUAGCCCAGAGUCCUGUGCCUUGGCUACCAGGUAUGUUUGGUGGGGGGCAAUGGUGGUGAUUGCUCAGCAGUUUGGGAAGAUUCUGCUGCCAGGUUCUGUACUGCUCUGAGCCUCUUCUCACCUAACUCCAAGCCCUCUCCUAAAAGAUAUCCAAAGGGUCCAAGGUCAUCAUCCAAGGGGAUGUUGCAAGGGAGAGAAAAAGCUUCUCCAUGGCAUUAGUUAUUUCCCUAUGGGAUGAGCCACCUCAGAGCCCCAUGAGGCACCAGUCAGGGCUCCAGAACCACCUGCCCAGUGCAUGCUCUUGGCUGGGGGCUCUGGUGCUCUGUGCACCCAGCUCUGUCCUUCUUCCACCCAAAGUGUUCUUCCCCCCACUGGGGUCUCAGCACUGCCCAUGCACCUUUCAGUGGGAGCUGCUUGCAUGUCUCUGUGGUCAGGAUCCAGUCCUGGGCUUUACCUUCCUCCUUCAGGGCCGGUCUCUCAGCUGGAGGACAGGAAUGGGGGCUGGCACAUAUGACAACAGCCCAUCCCCACAGCAUUGCCAUAAACCCGAGCUGUACCCAGAAACAGGCAUGUUUUAAACUAUGGCUUUAACCUGUUCACUGUAAAAAGUGCCUUGGACUUUAAUCUGAAGAGGUCACUAUCUAGAAGUAUUUACCUGUGCUGGUGUGUAAGGAUGCAGCUCUGUGUGCAGAGUUACACACACAAAUAUAUGAUCUAUACGUACA